AGUCGAUAUUUUUCUUUAAUUUUGUUAGACAUGGUGACGAAGUUGUUGGUACUGACGAUGGAACAACAAAAGGAAACCUUCCGGGUCGGGAAAUAAAAACCCGAACUUGAAAAGAGGCAAAACUCCGAUCCACGUUGAGGUUGGAGCUUGGAGUGAGUCAAACACGAAGGAAGAAGAAUGGCGUCUCUGAGGAGUGGAGCUUCUUCGUUGUUGAAUCGCCUUUCGAAAUCGCUUCUUCUUCAUUCCAACAAAAACCCUAAUCCUCAAUCUCAGUUAUUACUCCCUUCUCUCUCUAGACUCCCCGGUGCGAUUUCUCCCCAAAACGACGCCGAAUUCCCCCACACACAAGGCUUUCUCUACCCCUGUGGCCUCCCCUCUCUCCGCUUCUUCUUACCUCAUGGGGAAGCUCCUUCGUCAGAUGAUCCUAUGCUUUUAUUCCCCAAAAGGACAUAUCAACCAAGCGUUAUUCGACGAAAGAGGAACCAUGGAUUUUUUGCUCGGAAAGCAACCAAGGGUGGCAGAAGAGUAAUUGCUCGAAGACUGGCCAAGGGCCGGUUUAGGAUCACAGCUUAGUAUCAUUGCAUUGACAUUGGAGUUAAAGAUUCAAUCAAGAAACUUAGUGCACUUCAUGGUAAGGCCCAGUGAUACAGGGUUUGGUUGGUUGGAGUUUUUGUGAGUACAGUCUGCAAUGAACAAUUUUCCAGGCAACUAUUGUGUAUGGAUAUGUUCUUUUUGAGACCAUUGUGUAUGGAUAUGUUCACAUUCUGUUUAUUGACUAUUUGAAAUUCUCGUCUGUAGUUCCAAUAAUUUUUAACUCUAGUAUUAGUUUUAUGUCGAGCACCUCAGAAUAAUCUAGCUUGCUGGGUGUAAAUUCUUUGUGCUUGUUAUGAGUUCUAACUUUUAUGUCAAUUCAUUGGCCUACGAGGAUUUAUAGAUAAAA